GGAAAGGUUUGAUAAAAGAUUGACCCAGUCAAACUCCAGACUUAAAUAUCAAGUCUGGGGCAAUGGUUCAGCGAUGGCAGGACAGAUCAGGAGAUUUAUUGAUGGAUGGAUUUGUGUCUCUUCUGCAGUAUUUCUCCAGCCUGCAAUGGUGAGUGGAGAAAGAGCUGAGCGACAAAGUGAGGCUCAGGAUUUAGGAGUCGGUCACCUAUUGUCAUAAGCUAUGGCUCAUUACCGGAAGAACGAGAUCACUGAUACAGUGAUUUAAGUGAGUUUCCUCUGUAGGCUGGUUCUAAGACAAGGUGAGGGACUUCGCCGUUUGGGGGGAACUUUGUGUACAGUCACCGCUCCUCCGCUUUGAGGAAAUCAGUUGAUGUAACUGAUCUGGAGAACACCUGUUAGUGACAUUGGCCUAAAAAAAAUUCCACUGUAAUUGCACUGAAAAAGUGGUUUUACAAAGUAUUGCCACAGUGGCAACGGAUGCAAAUGAAAGUUUUAAAAAGCAUUUGUCCUUUUCAUUCUCGUGCACAAUUAUGCGCCGCCUUAUGUUGGUCUUUUUCAUUAAAUCCAAAUAUAGUUGAGCCUUAUAGCUGCUCAAAUAUGAUAAAGGUGCAAGGGUGUGAAUACUUUUGCAGGUAGUAGGUGUUUACACAAAUACAAUAAUACAUUUGUUGCACAUCCAUCAAAGCAAUUAGCAUUUUUUUAAGCCUCCCACACAGAUCUUCGUGGAACUCAUAGUCUCCGGUACUGAGCUUCUCGUUGCCGUUGUCCUGUCACCGGCUGCAACAUCCGUCUCCUCUCCUCUCUCAUCCACGUCAAGCGACAUCUAUGGAGGCCGUUUUUUUUUUUUUUCUUUUUUUUUCUGUGCUGGCAAAAAAAAGAAACAGCAGAAGCAGAGAAAUGCCACCUAAAUAAGCAGAGCUACCAAAGCGGAGGUGUAAAUUAAUCAUUUAAUUUAUCAAUUCAUGUGCAAAAUAGGGCUUGUGUGGAGACAGUGCUUUGCUCUGGUUGUGUGUGGGUGUUUUGGCAAGAGAUGUCCUGGCAUGAUUCAGAGAACAUACACGACACUUGCUGAAAAGUAAAAAAAAAAAAAACCUCUCUCUUUAUUUGUCCCCCGCUAUUGUCUCAAAAAGUGGAAAACACCUCUCAGCAAACUUUUCAAACCUUCCAGUUUAACGGCUGGCUGAGUGAAGGAAUGAUGCAUUCUCUCCAGACUUGCGUCAAAGCGGCAAUUCAGAAGUUUCACUAUUCCGUGUCUAAUUAAUUAACAGUGUUCACGACCUCUGCAGGCUUCUCUCAUUUCUCUUUUGUCUGAGUCAUUCCCCUCCCUCUGCUCUGUCGCACCGUAUAGACAUCCGUGUUAAGGGGCAUGUGGCAGAAGUUGCUUCAAUCUAAUUGUCUUUCCCUGCUCGUAUUGUCCUCAAAUGACUUUCUCUCUGUCUCAACUCUCCCCUCCCUCCCUCGGACUUUCUCUCUGCCCAGUCGCUGUCUCGGUCUGUAACUGUAGCCUGUGUUUUUCUCUCCCUCCCACUCCCUGCGACGUAUAGAUACUGCAUUGAUCAGACACGCGCGCAGACACAUGCACACACACACACUCACCGACCCAGCCUCCCACUCCUUUCAUCAUUGAUUCGCCCUGCUCUUCCCUCUUCUCUCGCGCUCUCUCUCUCUCCUCUAUAUUCUCUUGCUCCUCUCUUCCCUCUGUACAGCAGCACUUGUUGAAUUCAGCCCUCAGAGAGUAGAAAGCAAGGAGAGAUAAUGAUAAGGAGGCAUUGAGACGGGGCUGGAGCAGACCGCGAGCAGAGAGAAUGGGGUCUUGGAGGACACAAAGAUAGGAGGCAGGAAGAGGAGGAAAAAAAAAAAAAGUCAUAGAAGCUUCUCUAAGGCAGACACUUUAGGUGAAAGCGGGAGCUGGCCAAACGGAGGGGAAACAUCAGAGUGCUCUUCUUGCUGUCUGUACUACUCCUCAUCUGUCCUGCUCCCGACUCUGCUUAAAGCAGAAAACUCAGAACUGUCUGUGCUAACGGUGAGCAGUAUUUCUGCGUGUUAGCAGAGGAAAAGUUAUGAUGUGCUGUUUUCCUCCAGGUGGAGAGACAAAGACAAUGAUACAAGGUUCAUGGAAGUAACGAAGGUGCAAGUUUUCCUGGAGAAUGGGCUGUGAAGGAAUUCAAGGAACUGUCGGCGUUAACGCGUAAAGAGAAAAUCUGUCUAUCCGAAGCUUAUAAGGGGAGCAAAUGCUGACAAAGAUGAGGCGUCAGCAAAAUGAAGGAGAAUCUAUGAACUCUGACAUGAAAAACUGUCUGUACUCAGUGGGUUUUAUUGCUGAGGGAAAAAAAAAAAAAAAAAAAAGUUAUUGUCAAGGCUAUCUUCCAGGCCAUCAAGGUCCAAGCUGCAGGGAAACUGCUGUUCAUGCAUGACAAGCAAUACAUGGAAUGAGCCUGAGGUUUCCAGGAAUUAAAAGUCAUCUCAAACAACAUAGCCUUAAGAGGUUUCACAACAUUUCUCAUACAGUAGGCAUGGCGUUGUGUUCAUUUUUUUUUUCUCCUGUGGAGUGACUUGGCUCCUCCUUCCUCUCUCCUGUCUGAAUCUCUCACCCACUGUCUUCGCAUAUCCAUCUUUCUUUCACACUCCUCUCACUUCUCCCUCAACUGUAUUCGUUUUCUCACUUAAUUCCAUCUCAGUUUUCAGUCUUUGCUUCCUCCUCUCAGUUGUCGUUCCUUGUAUCUCUCUCUCUCUCUCCCUCUGGCAAAUCUAUUCAUAUUUCACACAUUUUUUUUUUACUUUUGUUUUUUUUUGUUUGUUUUUUUCUUGCUAAAAGAUGUCCUCCAUACAUUUUUUGUUUUGCCUGUUUUGAUUUUACAGAUGUCUUUCUUGGUGGAAGAGUGAAAAUCUGAAAGCCCAUCUUCCUCUCCCCCUUCGGCCAACAUGUCCCAGCUGCUCCAUGUGGAGAUCCCGAAUUUUGGAGCCACGGUUCUGGGCUCCCUCAAUGAGCAGCGGCUGCUGGGACAUCACUGUGACGUAUCCAUAUUGGUAAAAGGUCAGGCUUUUAAAGCCCACCGGGCCGUUUUGGCAGCCAGCAGCCUCUACUUUCGUGACCUCUUCAGCAGCUCAACCAAGUCCCAGUUUGAGUUGCCUUCCUCAGUCACACCUGCUUGCUUUGAGCAGAUCCUCACAUUCUGCUACACAGGGAAGCUAACGAUGGCAGCGAGCGAACAGCUGGUUGUCAUGUACACAGCUGGCUACCUCCAGAUUCAGCAUAUAGUUGAACGAGGCAUGGACCUAAUGUUUAAGGCAAGCUCACCUCACUGUGACUCGCAAACUGCAGGGUCCUUGGAGGAGACGGGAUCGGAGCCGCAGAGUCCUCUCAAUAAUGGUAUCGGCCUGUCAGUAGCCAGCGUUCUGGGAACCCAAAGCUGGUCUACGUCGGCCCUACUCUUGCCGCAGCGUAAAAUCAAAAUAGAAGUGGGUGACCCAACACCGAUUUCCACACCCUCAACACAAACCAAGAUUUCGACCUCGGAGCUGGGGAGCCGGUUGGCGAGGGCCUUCUACACAGCAGCUGGAGGGCCUGCCAUUCCUGGUAUGCCUACCUUCCACCUUCAAGGAACCACUGGAGGCGGAGCCGGGAGCGGGGCAGGCGGAGGAACAGGUGCGGAAAGGUCCAGCCCAGGAGAGUCGAGCCUUCCCACCACAGACAGCCCCACAUCCUACCAGAAUGAUGACGAGGAGUUUGAGGAAGAGCCAUAUGACGGGAUCACAGAGGACGCCUACAGUCAGAUCUAUGGACGUCCCACUAACCCCUAUGGGAUCCAGGACAAGGCAGAGUUGGCAGCAAUGCCAUUGGCCUUGGAAAAUCGCAACUGCGUGCUCAUCCGCAGAGACCUGGUGGCACUUCCUGCAAGCCUCAUAAGCCAGAUUGGCUACCGCUGCCACCCUAAGCUCUACACUGAGGGGGACCCAGGAGAGAAGCUGGAAUUGGUCGCCGGAACCCAGGUGUUCAUGACACGAGGCCAACUUAUGAACUGCCAUCUGUGUGCCGGCAUCAAACACAAAGUGUUGCUCCGUCGCCUCUUAGCCACGUUCUUUGAUAGAAACACUCUGGCAAAUAGCUGUGGGACAGGCAUCCGCUCUUCCACAAGUGACCCAAGCAGAAAGCCCCUGGACAGCAGGGUCCUCAAUGCUGUGAAACUCUACUGUCAAAACUUUAACCCUAACUUCAAGGAGAGUGAAAUGAAUGUGAUCGCUGCUGACAUGUGCACAAACGCAAGGCGGGUCCGCAAGAGAUGGCUCCCAAAGAUCAAGUCCAUGCUGCCUGACGGCAUGGAAGUGUACCGGGCGGGCAUGGGCAUGAGUGCUGCCGCCGCCGUUGGUCUGAACCUAGCCCUCAGUGCCCCUCAGUCAGGAGUUUCCCUUUCCUUCGAGCAUGAUUUGAAGAGCCUAGAGCAACGGUUGUAUCCAGAACGCAAGGACCCUCUCAGGACUCAUGCGGCCAGCCCCGGCGCAGGGUCGGCUGGGGCAGAAGCCGAGGGUGAAGGCGAAGCAGCAGUCCAGGAGGAACAGGAGGAGGAUGACGACGAAGCUGGAUCGGAGGGCGCGGACCGAUCACUGGGGGCGCCGAUCUUGGUGUCGGUGGUCGGAUCGGCAGACACGCCCCCCGAGCAGGGGGCGGAAAGUUUUGGACAAAAUCUGAGGUUGAACGGACACUGAGCGUCCCUCCCCCAUGUCGUGAAAUGCGUCUAACACUCACAUUUACUUCUUCUCGCCGUCUCGUCCGUCACUCUUUCCUCUCCUCCAUGCUUCCUCGACAGGGAAAUUUUGUUCUCCACACACAAAGCUGCACUCGCAACUUUUAUCAGACAAAAAAGUUGGUCGCACAUGCAUGCGCUCGUGUGUGCUUGUGUAUUUGGAGACUUACAUGCAGUGAAAUAAAAUAAAAAAAGAUGAAGAAGAAAGAAACAGCUAUUAAAAGCAUACACAGGCAUGGCAUUAGUCAGUUCGGGUCCAAGUAUGUAUUCAGCACUUGGGGCGUCUGCAGCAUUAUUCCAAAAGGUCAAAUAACAAAACAGAUGGCUGUAAUGAUUCAUCAUAUCAGUGCGACACCACCAACAGCUGGUUUGCAGCAGGUUGUAGUUUGCAGUGUAAUAUUAUUUCAUAAAGUGAUUUGGGGGAAAAUUGUAUUUGAGAAACAUAUCUCUACAGCAAGACCACUUUGCAUCCCAUUACUAUUCAUAUAGAAUGUACUGUGAAAGGCUUGUCUAGAAAAUAAGAAACCUUUGCCUUUAUUUUACCUUGCAUUGCUUUGAACCUGUCCAAUUUUUUUUUGUCACAGCUACAAACUUUAUUGAAUUUUAUUUGGAUUUUACGUGACAGACCAACAAAAACCAGUGCAUGUAUGUGAAUCGAGUUUGAGUCAAUGCUGUAGGGUUUUCUACUAUUCUUAAACAAAUACAUUUUUUUAUUCACCCCCACACUUGAGUCAGUACUUCCUGAACUUCACUGUAAUUUCAGAUCUUCUGAGCAGCUUUGCACAGCAAAACUGAAAGUUCUUGUCCUUUUUUUUCCCUUUGAAAAGAAUGUCAUUUACAGUUAGUCAUUUGCAGAAAUGACUAACUGGGAUUUCUGUAACCCGAAUUCAUCAAAUUGAAUUGAGAGUAUUGAGAAUAUUUCAGAUUUUUAUUUUUUGCUUAAAAUUGAGCAUCUGUUUCUUGUGUGUGUGUGACUGUGAGGCGCAUUCACACACACACAAGAAACAGAUGCUCUGUGCUGAUUUGUCACAUAAAUUCCCUAUAAAAUACAAUGAAAGUUUGCAAUAGUAUGGAUACUUUUACAACACACUGUGUUGUCACUUUUAUGAUGAAAAUUACAAAAAUAUUAUCUUCCGCAAUUACUGAUUUUUUUUUUUUCCCCAUAACUCCAAGAACAAAUGCAACAUAACAAAUCUAUCACACGUAUUUGUUGGUUUCUCGUGCAUAUCUAGUCAGACAUAUCAGACAAGACUGUCAAUGUGAUGCCUGUGUCUGCUCCAGACCACACCUCCCAAGCCGCACAUAUGUACAUCCAAAUAAACACACAAACACUCGCUCAUUCAUCAUUACACUUAUGUAAUCCAAGCGUUUAAUGUACUGAUGUAAUCAAAUGGCACACUGUCCAAAAGAAUAUGUUGCAGUGCUUUCUAACUCCAAAAAUCACAGAAUUCUUGGAGAUGCAGAGACAUGAAUUAAAAAAAAAAAAAAAAACGUGAGAUAAUGUCAAGACUUGCAUGCAUUAAUCCAAACAAUGGCUGGCAGUAUUUGCUAAUGAGAACGGCAGAGUCCAAUUUCUGCAAUGAAAUAAGAUAACAGCUACUUUUGCCUGGAGCUGUGAUGCUUAAAAACUAGAAGCACUUUUUCCAUUUCUUUCUGGGAAAAGGCCGCCAAACGUUACAAAUGAUCUUGAUGUAACCCUGCUUUGACUGUUUCUGACAUUGAAUUAGUCUGAGUUUGUUGUUGUUUUUUUUUAUUUGUACGAAUUCUGCAGAGUGUAUUGUCCACUUAAACGGAGAAGAGUGAAUAUAUGAAGUGCACUACACU